AGAACUACUAGUGUAAACGGAUGAAAAUGCAAAUAAACAACUUGAAUUUGAAUUUACUUACAAUCAUCACACAACUGUCAAAGUGGCCAUAUAAUUUCCAAAACUUAGAAUGCAUUUUUAAAGAAAUUUAUGAUGGAAAUAAAAUUAUUUAUGUAGCAUAUUUAUUAUUGAUCAUUUUUGUGCAGGUAUGUGAGAACGACAUCCUAGUGGUGGAUGUGACCAAUAGGAUACCAGGCCAAGGAGUGGCCAUCCACUGGCGAGGCCAGCCACAGAAGGAGACCCCCUACAUGGAUGGUGUUGCCAUGGUAACGCAAUGCCCCAUCCCCGCGCACACCACUUUCCAGUACAAAUUCCGUGCCUCGCAAGCGGGCACUCAUCUGUGGCAGAUACAUACUGGCAACGGCCAGAUAGACGCACUAUUCGGCUCACUAAUUGUACGACACGCAGACAGAAGGAAAGUCCAGAGACAGCUUUAUGACGUCGAUGACCCCAACCACAUCGUGGUCAUAAGUGAGUGGCCUAUGCCCCCCACCCCUGAUAAGAGAGAGGCAACCAACACCAACUCUGCUACACUUCUCAUCAAUGGCCGGGCUCAGACUAAGAUGGAAUCGGACAGCGAUGAUGCAGACUACAAGCACGCGUCGACUAGAUUCAAUGUGACGGGCGGCAGACGGCAACGUAUGCGAGUGAUAUAUGCAGGCAGCCAGGUGGGAUGUCCUGUCUCCAUUCAGGUCGAGAGACAUCGGCUGCAGGUGAUCGCAAUGGACGGUCAUCCAAUCGAGCCACAGAUGGUUCAGUCGCUUAUCAUUGCUCCAGGAGAGCGAAUAGAUUUUGUUCUAACAGCUGAUCAGACUGAAUCCUUGUCUUAUUGGCUGAAAGCUGAGACCAGACCAUCAUGUCACCGACAGUCCUCGUCCUAUGCGCUGAUAGACUACAUGUUCCGACCACCCAAGGAGCCUUCCCGGUCAUCCCAACUCAAUGAAGAGGCGGCUGUUCCUCAAACCAAGGUGCUGAGUACUGUGACAGAAAACGAGUGUUCCAAGUCUGAUCACAUCUGUUUGCCGAACAUAAAAUCUGUGAAUAAAUUGCCAAGGGAUUUGGCCGCAGAGAAGAUGGAUCACACACUGUAUUUACCAUUUGAUUUUGUAAGUGUUCCGAGCAACAGUGACUUUCCAGAUCCUCUCCUGAAACCGAGAAUAAACAACAUUACAUUCAUGUUUCCUUCGUCGCCACUGCUGAGCCAAUCAGCUGAUCUGCAGGAGUCGAAUUCACUGUGCAGUGACAACAAGCGACCCAAGUAUUGCAUGGAUGAAGCGGGUGCAUGUCAGUGCGUACACGUCAUUGACAUCCCACUACACUCUAGGGUCGAACUGCUAUUGAUCGAUAAAGGAGGUGAUGAUCUAACAGACGAGCAUGUUUUCCACAUGCAUGGAGGUAGUUUCUACGUGGUGGGAUCCAAACAAGGACUGGCAGACAACAGCAUGGAGACCAUCAGGAAACUGAAUGCUGAAGGAGGUCUAUUGGAGAAGAACCUCAAAGAUCCUGUUAUCAAGGAUACAGUACCUGUGCCACCUGGUGGAAUUGCUGUGUUGAGGUUUAGGGCUGAUAAUCCAGGUUACUGGCUACUGCAUGAUCAGAAAGCAGCCCAUUGGUCCCAAGGUUUGGUCAUUCUCCAUGUUGGAAACAACAAUGCACCUUCUGUACCAGAAAAUUUUCCGAGAUGUGGAAAUUGGGUUGGGCCAGAGUAUUUUCUGAUCUGA